UACAGGCAACUCCUCCCUCCGCCUGUCAGAGCUAACUUAUCUGUUCUCCCUCUAAAGGCUCUCAUCAUGGCUCCGGCGGCGGACAGGCCGGGCUACUGGGGAACACCGACCUCAACUCUCGACUGGUGCGAGGACAAUUAUGUGGUCACGUAUUACAUCGCAGAAUUCUGGAAUACUGUCAGUAACCUGAUUAUGAUCCUACCUCCCAUUUAUGGAGCCAUUCAGACAUGUAAAGACGGUUUGGAAGUACGCUAUGUGUGGUCCUUUUUAGGACUUGCUGCCGUAGGUAUUGGUUCAUGGAGCUUCCACAUGACACUACAGUAUGAGAUGCAGUUACUGGAUGAGCUGCCGAUGAUCUACAGCUGCUGUGUCUUUGUCUACUGUCUAUAUGAGUGCUUCAAGCAAGAGCGUGCUGUUAACUAUUUGCCAAUUACACUUUUGCUGACCUUCAGUAUUAUUGUUAGUGUGAUUUACCUGAUAUGGAAGGAGCCUGUGUUUCAUCAGGUUAUGUAUGCCGUACUAGUGGCUUUCUUGGUGUUUCGCUCUGUUUUCAUAGUCACUUGGGUGUAUCCAUGGCUCAGAGCCCUCUGCUUUACAUCAUUAAGCAUCUUCCUGUUGGGAUUCCUAUUAUGGAACAUCGAUAAUAUCUUUUGUGACUCUCUAAGAGCCACACGGCAGCGGCUGCCUCCCGUGGUCGGAGCGGUUACGCAGCUUCAUGCUUGGUGGCACAUCCUAACAGGCCUGGGGUCAUAUUUACACAUACUCCUCAGCCUUCAGAUUCGCUUAACCUACCUCAAGCACAGACCAAAAGUGAAGUUUCUGUGUGGCGUUUGGCCGAUGCUGCACAUUGAAUCUCAGAAGGCGAGUUGAAAAGGACCUGAGAAGAGAAAGAUGGACCAAUCACAGACCUCAGACAGACAGAGGUCCAGCCAAUGAGCUUCAGCAGCAGCAGGAAGUGACCAGAGGCUGUCGGUUUGGUUCCCCCAUUCCCUUCUUCCCCUUUCCGCACCGUUUGCCAAGUGCAUUACUGAGAAAGCUGCCAAAUGAAGGAAAGCUUUUGUCUUUAUUAUAGGGUAGAUGAGAGGUUUGUGGUUUCAUGAUUUUGCACACUGUAAUAUGCUUAGAAAUUGUCCUAUAAAUCAGGGGGUCUAAUUAGCGAGAAAGAAGCAGCCAAAACUAGGAUUUGGUUCCAGCUGGUAUUUUUUUGUUGCUUUCAUGAGGGAAACUAAUAUAGUUUUGAUGGAUCAUAUCUAGUCAGUUUGGCAUCUCAUAUUUUGUACUUGAACUUAAUGUAGAUUAUGCAAGAUUUUACUUUUAUCUCUACAUUUUUAGAGGUUAUGGAGGUCAAAUUAAGCAGUUCUGAAAAAUUAAUGAAUGUUAAUAAGUUGGGAGGGAAGUAUGAUAUUUUUCAUUAUGAAGAUGAGGAUGAGGUAUUAGUGUAACACAUUUUACUGUAAUAAUGGUCCUUGUACUCCGUGUUUAAGAGAUACAGUAGCAUGUUACAUAAUCGCUUCCAUGUUACACAUAUUACAUAAUAACAUUAUUAAUUACAGUAGAAGAGUUUAACAAGUCAUUAAUUGCUCUGCAAAUUAAGUGAGUCACUAAAUCAACAAUGCCACAAUGCAUUAAGCCAUUCAGAAUGAAUCAGUGUUUUUGAA